AAUGGUUCCGGCCGCGCCGCCUGACGCCAGGCUGGCCCGUUGCUGUUUGACGCGCGCGGGGCACACGGAGCGCACGUCGCUAGGGCCUGGCUGUCCUGGGGAGUCGGUCCGCGCGGAGCCCCGGCGGGGAUCCGGGACCCUGGGACUCCGGCCCCGGAUAAACUGGGUUCACGGAUGCACCGCGCGCGCUGGGGGCGCACGAGCACCCCCGCGGGGGAGUCCAGACCUGGCGGAGAGCGCGCGCUAAGCGUUCCGGCCGACGUCCUGGAGCCAAGAUGCCCAGCUUUAUAGGUGUGACUUACACGUGACGUCACCUUUUGAAGCCUCAGGUUUGUCAUCUGUAGAAUGGACAUAAAGCUGCUUCACAGCACUGAUGAGAAGACUGAGACAAUGCUUCUAAAGCUCUUUGCGCAAGGGAGCCCUGGAGGCGUGGCCCGGUGGGCAGAGCAUGGCUGCUGUCACCUGGGACCACAGGCAGCAUGAAGACCCCUGGGGAGCUGGCCAUCAGUGGGAUGCAGAGCCUCCAUCGCGAGCACCGCUGCCGGGGUGGCCGUCUGGUCAAGGCCAGGGCAUCCUACGUGGAUGAGACUUUGUUUGGCAGCCCUUCAGGCCCCCAGCCCCCACCACCAGACUUUGACCCACCCUGGGUGGAACGAAACAGAACCAAAGGAGCGGGCCCAGGGGCUUCACGGGCUUCAGGGGCCAAUGGGAGCUGUGAGACCACCUCCUCCAGGGGCAGUACCCCGACCCUCACACCCAGGAAGAAGAACAAAUACAGACUGAUCAGUCACACUCCUUCUUACUGUGAUGAGUCACUAUUUGGCUCCCGAGCCGAGGGCGCCAGCUGCGAGACCCCAAGGAUGGCAAAGGGGGAUGCUGCAAAACUCCACACCCUCUUCUGGACACCCCCGGCUACCCCUAGGGGCCACUCGCCCCACCCCAGGGAGACCCCACUGCGUGCCAUUCACCAAGCUGGUCCCUUGAAGGCAGAGCCCAGGGUGGGGGCAGUCUCGAGGAAGGUGUCCCUGGAGAGAUUAGACUGCCCACGCCCUGUGAGGUGGGAGCGUUCCCACUCCCUCACCCACCUGGAUGUCCCCAGCACUGGCUGCCCACCCACCAGUGGCCCCCAUACAAGUGGGCCUCGGGAUCCCAGGCCUUCCCCAUUGGGGGUGACCUUCCGGAGCCCCCUGGUGACUCCCAGGGCUCAGUCAGUCAGUGUUUCAGUGCCAGCUACGCCCCGGCGAGGUGGGGCCACCCAGAAACCAAAGCCCCCUUGGAAAUGAGUUUCUUAGUCCUUUCAUCAGGUUUGCCUAUGGGAUCACCAAGGGGCACAGUUUCAGGGGCAUAGGUGAGGGGCUUCUGGGGUGACCGCCAGGUAUUGGAGAAGCGCUCAUAGUGGCAAACACAGCAAGGGUGGUCAGAGACGUCCUCUAUCCUGACAGUCUCUAGUUGUUCCCUGCUUCCCAUGUGGAUUUGAGGGCCACCCCUUGAGGUGCCUGUUCUAGUCCUGUCAUAGCCCCACGCUGUAUCAGUGCCAACCCAGGGAUGCCCCCCCAGGGGGGCUCUCCACCUCCCCCAAGCCGGAGGGUUCCUUCUCCCCUUCUCAAGCCAAACUUCCUGCUCAGGAUAAGUUUCCAGCCAAGUCCGGAGGCCUCAGGAGUUUUCCCUGGUGUGCAGACCCCAGGGGGACACGAGGAUCUGGGUGAUAUGUGGGUGGGCUUUUUAUUUUAAAAAUCAUGUAUUUAUUUAUUUUCAUGUAUUAAAUAUGUCAAUAG